AUGUUCUCGCUGCUAUUACACGCCUAUCACGCGUGCAACCAGGACGAGAGGGAGUACUUCGACAAGUACCUGGCCACCGAUCCCGUCGACAUGCAGGGCUGUUGCGUGAACGUCAUCCGGAGCCUGAAGGACCACCGCGUCAGGACCCGCGCGUUCCGCGAAACGUGCGAAAUAGCAGCGGCCCACGGCCACAUGAAGUGUCUGAAGUACGCGCACGAGAACGGCGCAAUCUGGAACAACCUGACGUACAUCAACGCGGCCAAGGCCGGCCGCCUGGACUGCAUGAAGUACGCGUUCGAGAACGGCUGCACCUGGGGCCCAUGGCGGUACAUUUACACGGCCGCCGGGCCGGUGGACCACAUGUGCCGCAUCCAGCCGGAGCAGACGGUGUGCGCGGUGGCCGCGGAGUACGGUCACCUGGACUGCCUGAAGUUCGCCUUCGAGAACGGGUGCGCCUGGGACGCGUUCACAACCAACGCCGCCGCCAAAGCUGGCCAUUUGGACUGUCUGCGUUACGCCCACGAGAACGACUGUCCAUGGGACGAGCAGACGUAUAAGUACGCCUUGAUGAACGGCCAUUCGGAGUGCGCCCAGUACGCCGAGGACAACGAUUGCCCCAAGUACACUUCCAACGAGAGUCGCGUGGCCUACUUGAUCAACAAUAGGUGGGUCAUAUACGGUUGA